AUGGCAUUAUUUGCUAGUAGUGCAUUAACAGUUGAAUAUACAACACUUGUGGUGUACAUACACCGCAAGACAGAGCCUCUGUUUGCUGCUGCUCCUCUUCCUUCCCUCUCCUUGCUGUCCUCAUUGGUGCAGCAGCACCAGUACCACCAGCAGCAGCAACAGCAGCAGCAGCAGCAGCAACUGCAGCAGCAGCAGAGUACUCCGCCACUUAGCAGUGCAGCAGCAGACUUCCCACCAGCCGGAGACUUCCGUGUGCACCAGCAGCCGUCGCCGCGCAUGCAGCAGCAGCAGCAGCAGCAGCAGCAGCAGGGUGUACCGUUACAGUCCGUCUUGGCGGCCUCUUCUUGGCUCCACCACCACCACCAACAGCAGCAGCAGCAGCAGCAGCAGCAGCAGCAUGGAUUGCUGCUAGGUAGAGAGGAGGAAGUAUGUAUAAGUUGUGGUAAGGAUAAGGAGAGUUGUGUGUUACUGAGCAACCCCACCGCAACAACAAUAGAGGUAUUAUUAGCAGAUAUACAUAGACAAAGACAUAAGGGGCCCCUCUUGUCCUUUCUUGCAUUAAGGGAGGCAGGGGCCCCUAUUAUUAUGUCCGCUAUCUCUACUCUAUUAGGUAAGCCCAAGCAGCAGCAGCAGCAGCAGCAGCAGCAGCAGCAGCAGCAGCAACAACAGCAGCAUGUGUGUAUGUAA